AUGAACUUCAAGCUGGAAUUACACACUGACGGAUAUGUAGAUGGACUUGGUAAUUGCUCCACUUUGGAACCAGACCGGAUGGAUUUGGAAAGUGAGAUAGCCCCAUUGGAAGCGUGCUUUAGUUACAGUGACUACAAUGAAGCGUUCCAUCUAAAUGAGAGUGAAGUUGACAACUUGCAAUCCGACAUGAAAUGUGACGAAGUAGAUGUAGACAUUAACUCUGAAGAAGAACAAAGUUGUGAACGUAAAAAGAGUCCUUAUAGAAAGUGGAAUCGCCAAGUCAUCUGUAAACUCAAUGGUACCACGGCCAAUCAUUUCUUUGAAUUUGUAAAGUCUGUGGUUAGAGAAAUUGAAACAAACGAGGAACUUAAGGAAAUUAAGUAUCUGAUACCUGUCAACGCAGCCAUCCAUAAACGUCGUGACCUCGAGUUAUUGGUGGCACUGAGUGGAUUGGAACUAGUGUUUUUGCAUCCCUAUCUACCAGGACUAAACGCAUUUGAAGAGUUCUGGUCAGCGUGUAAGGCCAAGGUUAAACAGUCAAAUUUAUCUAGAAAAGAGAAACUAACACCAAGAGUAAGAGAAGCGACAGCAAAGAUAACCUUAGAAAGCUAUCAAGGAUUUUGUAGACAUGCCAAUGACCAUAUGCAACACUGUUUAGAACUGAGAUCUUUCUAA